UGAGGAUGAUGAUGCAUUCAAUAAGAAUGGAUUUUCAAAUUGGAAAAAAUCAAAUAGAUUUGAACUUUAUGUUGGGAGUCAUAAUAGUGCGCACAAUAUUGCACGACGAAACUGUGAAGACUUGAUGAAUCAAAGUCAACAUAUUGGUUUUAUGUUUAAGAAGCAAACAGAUUAUGCCACAACUGCAUAUCGGACUCGUCUAAAUGCAUCGGUUGAUUGUGUGCGUUUUCUUUUAAGGCAAGGGCUAGCUUUUAGAGCCCAUGACGAGUCUGACACAUCCAGAAAUCAAGGAAAUUUUCUUCAACUGUUGCACUUUUUAGCUGAACAUAACAAUGAGAUAAAUAAUGUGGUGCUAAAAAAUGCUCCUGAAAAUUUAAAGUUAACAGCACCAAAAAUUCAGAUGGAUAUCACCAGAGCUAUUUCGAUUGCAAUCACAGACUUUAUAAAGGAAGAAAUUGGAGAAAAUUACUUCUCUCUUUUGGUUGAUGAAGCACGUGAUAUUUCCUCAAAAAAGCAAAUGGCUAUUGUUGUUCGAUUCGUUAACAAAAAAGGUAUGGUGGUUGAACGUUUUCUAGGCAUUAUUCAUGUUGCAGAGACAACAGCUAGAACUCUAAAAAAAUCUAUUGAAGAAUUGCUUUCAACUUAUGGUUUAAGUAUAUCCAAAUUGCGUGGUCAAGGAUAUGAUGGAGCAAGUAAUAUGAGCGGGGAGUUUAAUGGGUUAAAGACAUUAUUUCUCAAUGAGAAUAAUGCAGCACAUUACAUUCAUUGCUUCUCACACCAACUCCAGUUAGCCUUAGUAUAUGUUGCUAAAAAUCAUGUUCAAAUUGCUCUCUUAUUCUUAGUAAUUUCAAAUAUGAUGAAUAUUGUUGGGGUUUCAUGCAAGCGACGUGACCAACUUCGAGAUAAGCAACGGGAGAGAACUUUAAUGGAAUUACAGAAUGGAGAACUAGUAACUGGACAGGGGUUGAAUCAAGAAAUAACUCUCAAGCGGUCAGGUGAUACACGAUGGGGAUCACACUAUGAAUCAAUUAUUAGAUUGAUUACAAUGUUCCCUUCAGUUAUUGAUAUUCUAGAAGUGGUUGUUGAAGAUGGUAUCAGUUCUGAACAGAAACGUGAAGCUUUUGCAUUAUUAGGAACAAUGCAAUCAUUUGAAUUUUCAUUCUGUUAACU